GUAAAAAAGAUAAACUAAUCAAAGUUUCACCAAAAACUACCAAAUUACAUAAUGGAAAAUUGCCUUACUAUCUGGAAAUUGAAAAUACUUUGUUUAAUUGGAUUACAGAGCAACAUCAAUUACAAAAUCCUGUUACUCAAGCAUUGAUAACUAUAAAAGCAGUUUCACUUUCACAAAAUACAAAUUUUCAACACCUUCCAAAUAUUUAA